AUGAAACCUAAAAAUUAUACUUCACCUCAAAAAGUCAAAUUAAACAAAGAUCCUAAACUAUUGGAUAUAAAUGAGGAAAAUGAGGUUAAAGAUUUUGAUAGAAAACAACAAGAUAAAAUAUCUGAGGAGAAACAUUUAGCAAACACCCAAUAUAAAAAAAACCCAGUCAUACAGACUGAUAGAAUACCGAGUAGUCCAACACAUUCUGUAAUUAGUAGUAACAAAGAUAUUAAAAAAUAUAUUUAUGAUAAUAAUGAUAAUACAUCUCCACAAUUGGUUCAACCUACUAUGAAUAGAGACCAAUCGUUAGAUAAAGAUAAUGUAGUUGUAGAAAGUCCCACUAAACACAAGAUAAAUUGUGAUACUGAAGAGCAAGCAGUCGAAGAAGAAGAAGAUGCUAUUGAAGAAGAGAAUACAGCAAAAAAUUUUGAGCAAGACUCUGAGGAAGAUUCAGAAGAAGAUGAUACUGACGAAAGUUCAGAAGAUGAAGCAGACUCAAACUCAGAAGAUGGUGAUGAUGAUGAUGAUGAUGAUGAUGAAGAAGAAGAAGAAGAAGAGGAGGAGGAAGAGGAAGACCAACCUCCACUUCUGCAUUACUCUAGAAUAAAAUCUUUUCCUAAAAGUUUAUUCUCUGCAAGGGAUUCAAUAUCUGCAUGCUAUUUUCAUUCAAAAUUUUUUGCAUAUGGUACCCAUUCAGGUGUCUUAUACAUCGUAGAGCCAACCACUGAAAAAUUUACACCCAUCUUAACUUUAAAAUGCCAUCGUUCAUCCAUUCUUUGCAUUACAACCGAUUCAACUGGCUCUUAUUUUGCAACUGCGUCAAUUGAUGGUACUAUUGUAAUUGGGUCUAUUUUCGAAAGAAGGGAGAAUGACACAAUUGCAUAUGACUUUAAAAGACCUUUAAAUUCUGUAGUAUUAUCCACAGACUAUAAAACUACAAGGAUAUUUAUGUCUGGAGGGAAUGCCGGCAAUGUUGUGAUGUCAACUAAAAACUGGUUGGGUAACAGAUUAGAUAUUAACUUAAAUAAAACCCAAGCUGGACCAAUUUUAGGUAUUUAUAUGUUACAUGAUGUAUUAUUUUGGAUGAAUGAUUUAGGAAUUACUUUCGUUGACAUCCAUACAAAAAAAGUAUUAUUAACCACAAAAUUCCCUGAAGAUCAUUAUAUUAGACCAGACUUAUAUAAACCUUAUGUGUGCUUCCCAGAAAAUGACAGAAUAAUAAUUUCGUGGUCAUCUUAUAUUUGGUUCUUUAAGCUUUCAAUUUUUGGAACUGAUUCAAGCCCUGGAGGUAACACUCAUUUAAUGAAUUCUCUAUUAUCAUCUGCUGCAUCAACCUUAAAAUCAUCAGUAUCUGAUAAAAAGAUAGAGCAGGAAAAUUUUUUGAAAUGUGAUUUUCUAAUAAAUUCAAUUUCAUCUUUUAAAGAUGAUCAAUUGCUAAUGCUAGCAUUUCCCUUACCUUCAGAAGACCUAAAGAAGAGUACCCCUCCACCAGAGCUAAAAAUUAUAGAAUCUAUAACUGGAGAAGAAAUAUAUACCGAUCAAAUUAUAUCCAAAAACUUUCAAAAUUUAACAAUUAAUGACUACCAUCUUGGGAGAGUGGCGUCUGAAACAAAUUCAAAUUUUAUAUUUAUAUCACCAAAUGAUUCAAUUUUAAUUGAAGAAUUAUCUUUAAAAAAUCAUUAUGAUUGGUAUAUUGAACGAUCAAAGUUUGAUAGGGCUUGGAAAAUUGGUAAGUACGUUGUCGAUGAUCGUCAACGGUUGCAAGUUGGAUUACAAUAUAUUCAACAAUUAACUGAACAAGAAUACUGGCUAAAUUUACCCAAUACUAUAUUGGAUGUAUUUCGAGAAGCUAAUAUUGAUGAUGACAAUAUUGAAUCUGAGUACAAAAACUUUGUGAUAAGUUCUUGGGAAACUGUCAUUUUAGAUAUUUUGAACAGGGACAAAAUCGAUAUAAUAAUAAAUUCAGUUCCUGAAUCUCCUCAACUAAGCUCAUACGUUUAUGACUCAUUACUAGAGCAUUAUCUAAAUACAAGAAAUACGAAGAUUUUCCAUGAAUUAAUACACAAAUGGGCUACAGAUAUUUUUACAACGGCAAAAAUUGAGGAUCUACUGGAAGAGAUAAUUAGUACUAAAUCUGAUUAUCAAAAAGACUUUUCUGAUGAGCUGAUAUAUUUAUAUUUAAAACAGAAAAAGUUUUUGAAAGCUAUUCCUCAUAUGAUUCGAUUAAAAUAUCCAGAAGCGUUAACUCUUUUAUAUGAACAAAAUUUAUUUGUGCAAUUUAGUAAUUAUUUUCUAGACAUUAUUUUAAUCCCUAUCAGCUCGAAAAAUAUUCAAUUACAAGAUCUUGAGAGAUUCUCCUUAGAAAAAAUUCAGCAAAUUUUUAAACCUUCUAUUUCAUUAUUAGUUCAAAAUUGUAGAUCGAUUCCAUUAAACAUAAUAAUUAACUACUUGUCUGAACCAAAAGAAUUAAAAGUUAUUUUAUUUCUAUUUCUUAAAGAGGUAUCAGAAUCCGAACCUUUACUGACAGCCCCAUUUGAAGAUGAUAUUUUAGAAUUAUAUGCACGCUAUGAGAGAGAUGCUUUAUUGGGAUUACUUAAAAAUAAAUCUAGCUAUGAUAUAGAAAAGGCAAUUAAACUUUGUACCGCAAACCCAGGUAAUUAUUCUGAGUUAAUAUAUCUAUGGGGUAGAAUUGGGGAAACAAAAAAAGCUCUCUCUUUAAUUAUUGACAAAUUAAAUGAUCCAGAACUUGCUAUUGGAUUCGUGAAACAAUGGGGUGACCCUUCCCUUUGGGAAUUUAUGAUAAGUUACAGUAUGGAUAAACCAAAAUUUGUUCAUGCCCUUUUAAAUUUCCCUGAUGAAUCAGGGAAGACAUAUUUAGAAGUCAUAAAAGAAAUACCUAAUAACAUGGAACUAGAUGAUUUACAACCUACGUUGCUGCGUAUUGAAAAGGAAAAUUCAGUUAGCCUAAAAGUAAAUAAUAAUAUAUUCAAAAUUGUCAACGAUGAUACAUCUGAAUAUGCUAACGAAUUUCUAAAGAUACGUAAUAUGGGAAAACUAUUUGAUAUUACAAAUGAAGAUCAAGUUUAA